UUGGAUUUACGCAACAUCUAACAUGAUACUCGUGACGUCACGCUCCAGUCGGAAGUUCCAGCGCAGCAGCAGUGAACACCGAGUUCAACCAGCUUUAGGGUAAACAGCCAAACCAUGGACGACGACGUGUUAACGACUUUAAAGAUUUUAAUUAUCGGUGAGAGUGGUGUAGGUAAAUCAAGUUUGCUCCUACGCUUCACAGAUGACACAUUCGACCCAGAAUUAGCUGCGACCAUUGGCGUGGAUUUUAAAGUGAAAACUAUUGCAAUAGAUGGCAACAGAGCAAAGCUGGCCAUAUGGGACACGGCUGGUCAGGAGAGGUUCAGAACUCUAACGCCAAGCUACUACAGAGGAGCCCAGGGUGUCAUUCUGGUAUUUUCUCUUCCGUUCACAAAGCUUGAGAACUGGCUUAAUGAGCUGGAGACGUACUGUACACGCAAUGACCUGGUAAAAAUGCUAGUUGGGAACAAAAUUGACAAGGACAACCGUGAAGUAGACCGGAACGAAGGCUUGAAGUUUGCACGAAAACACUCUAUGCUUUUUAUUGAGGCUAGCGCAAAGACGCGGGACGGAGUUCAGUGUGCCUUUGAAGAACUGGUUGAAAAGAUCCUGCAGACGCCGGGGCUCUGGGAGAGCAGCAUCCAAAACCACGGUGUCCAGCUGUCUGAUCAUAAACAGCAGCAUCAGGGUGCCUGUGGGGGUUACUGCUCUCUGGUUUAACAUCCUCACCUCGAACCAAGAACCACAAACUGAGAUGGAAAGCACCGUUUUCUUUCUUCUGAAUGAGAGCUUCCUCUGAGGGGGAAUGGUCUGUUCCCUUAGAGCUGGUCAAAGGGACCUUUGCUGUUUGCACACUCUUUGUCACUCUAUGUUGUUUUAUUCUGUCCCAGUAUUCUGCCAUGUUACUCUCGAUUAUUGUCUCUCAGUGCUAUAUUUCCUGUGUAAACAGUUCUUAUGAAAAAUAAGUCCUUUUGAAGAUUACAACUUGAGCAUGUUGAAAUAUGCCAGAUAUAAUGCUCUCCCCCACCCACAGCAGGGUGGCAGAGUUGACACGCUUCCCCCUGAAUGGGAGUGCUGCCUUUGACCUGAUGUGUGUAGACCAAUAGGAUUCUAGGAGGGGAGGGACCUAGAAACUGAUCAGUGUAAAGAACUCAUUCAACUUGAUGUUAUCAAAUGUCCUUUGUACCCGUAUUACAUUUCAUCUGCUUAACAUAUUCUCUGCUGCUCUCAUUUUAAUCUCCAGCUUUUUAUUUAAAUUUAGUUUUCUUAUGUUAUUUUUAUAAUAUUUGGCCUUAGAGAUAUUGCUUCGCAUGAUACUACCUUCUUGAAGAGUUUAAAAUAUUUUGUAAAUAAUACGUCUUCAGUAGCUGUUCUGAAUCAUAAUUCACACAGUAAUCUAUGAAAUUGUGUUUAGCUCCAGCUCUCAUGAGUUGAGAUACAUUAAGCAUGUUUAAAUAAUGUAAUCUAUGAUGACUUUUGUCUGAAUAACACACGAGAUGAUCCAUUUUACUCCACUGUGUUUUAAUCUUUGACUUAAUUUUUGUUUUCUAGUUAAAUGUGAAUGGAUACCAAAAAUAACUUCUGUAUUCAAGUUCAUUCAUCACAAAGCCGUCUUCUGACUUGAUAUUGAUUCUCUUCACAUAUAUAGUGAUUUGAAAUGGAAGAUUUGGUCAUGCCUUAAUACUUAUUAGAUCUGCAUGUGUAACACGAUCUGCACUACAGGCUUUCACUGUGAAUGUAGAGAGAGUGUGUUAUUGUAGCCAGUCAAAAUGGCCAGUGGUACAUGGGUAAAGUGGUAAUUUCAUUUAAUUAUAAACAUAUCUUGGUCAUAAGGUAUGAGUGAUAAUAUGUUUGACCUAUUCCUGUGUGCUUGUUCUGCUGCUGAGAGAUUUAUUCAGUCAUUGGAAGAAUGGCUUAUGACUUCCUGUAGCCGCAAAACCAUACACUAACCACCACCCUAAUAAGGAUUUCUUAUUAAAUUCACAUACAGCA